AUGGAUUUGAUCAGCGCGUGUCGUAUGGUGCUCUUCCCGGUGCAAAUGUUGUUCCACGUUGUGAGAGCCAGCGUGUGCCUGCUCUUCCCGGACAGAAAGAAGGAUCUGAGCCGAGAGGUGGUGCUGGUCACCGGAGGAGGACGAGGCAUCGGUCGACACCUGGCCAAAGAGUUCUCCAAGCAGGGCGCAAAGAAGAUAAUCUUAUGGGGUAGAACUGAGAAGUGCCUCAAAGAAACAUCAGAGGAAAUCUCCCUGAUGGGAACAGAGUGCUACUAUUUCAUCUGUGACGUGGCGAAUCGAGAGGAGGUGUACAGGCAGGCCAAAGUGGUCCGAGAAAAGGUUGGCGACGUGACAAUCCUGGUGAAUAAUGCAGCAGUGGUCCACGGUAAAAGCCUGAUGGACUGUGAUGACGAUGCUCUUCUCAAAUCUCAACACAUCAACACUUUGGGACAGUUCUGGACCACAAAAGCAUUCUUACCUCGGAUGUUGGAGCUGCAGCACGGUCAUGUGGUGUGCAUAAACUCCAUCUUGUCCCAGUCUCCGAUCCCAGGGGCCAUAGACUAUUGCACGUCCAAGGCCUCCUCCCUGGCCUUCAUGGAGAGUUUGACUCUGGGCCUGCUGGACUGCCCUGGGGUCGGCUGCACCACAGUACUGCCAUUCCACACCAACACCGAGAUGUUCCAGGGAAUGAGAGUCAGAUUUCCUCAGCUUUUCCCACCUCUAAAACCUGAAGUAGUGGCACAGAAGACCGUAGAUGCAGUCAGAGCGGACAAGGCCUUCCUCUACCUGCCCUGGACGAUGCAUGCACUUGUCGCUCUUAAAAGUUUCAUGCCUCAAAUUGCACUCGAAGAAAUUCACAAGUUCACCGGGAGCUACACCUGUAUGAACACAUUCAAAGGGCGAACAUGA